CUAUCGUCCUUUACAGUUUUCCCAAAAGAUUUUAGUGGUACAUUAUAUUUUUCUUCGAAAACUACAGCAGCGUCAAUCUUCAUUGUCGACAAUUGCCGUUGUUUCUGUCGCCUGCAAGGUAGAACGCAUAAAAUUAUAAAUAUUUAUAGGAUAAUUCAUACAAAUUACUGAAAUGUAUAAAUCUGAAACACGUACAGUUUUCUGUAACCACUUUUCAGGGAGAGUUUUCUCCCUACACGCAAUCCUUUACGAAUACUACCUUUUUGAUUUCCCAUUUGUGUUUAUUUUUUUCACAAAUGCUUGGAAAUUUUUUGAAUAAUAUGUCUUCUACGUUACCGUGAAGACGUCUUAUUGUUAGAAAGAAUUAGAUGACAACGCGGGCCAUGGCAACGCGCUUCGUAGAUGUGAAACAAAAACGAAACGCCAACGCUGUCGCGUUUUAUAAUUUCACUGACAUCGUCAGUUCAAUGAAGGCUACCAAGGAGAGAACAGGGUAAUGGAAUCGAAGAUGGAGAAAACCGACAAUGUUGAAGAUAAAAAAGCAGAAGACGCGGAGCCGCUGUUGCAGCUGCAACAGCUGUUACAGCAACAAUCGUUGCAGAUGCAACAAAACCAAACGGAGCUUGCUACCCUGCGGCAGCAAGUACAGGAAUUGGGCGAACGGCAACAUGCUGGACUUAUCCCGCAGCCACAGCACCAGCUAAAGCACCAGCCGCCGCACCAGUCGCCGCACCAGCCGCCGCACCAGCCGCCGCAGCCGCAACACCAGCCGACGCAUCCAACGUAUCACUCCCCAUUAGCCGGGCUCUACGGGCCGGAACAGCCAACCGCAUACAGGUCAGAACAGCGGCUGUUCCGGCAACGCCGCAGAGAUGCGAGGCGGCUGUGGCGGCAAUCAACGUGCCGUGACGGUUGCGGCCGCGGCCGCGGCCGCAGUCACUGCCCCUGCAGCGGCCCGUGCGGAUGCACGCACAACUGCGGCGCGGGCCGCAGCAGCUGUAGUUGCUGCUGCGGGCGGCACACUUGAAGUGAGUACGACGAUAAUA